AUGACUCAAGUUCAGUGUUGUCGCUGCUUCCCUCUGACUCACUCUGGGAACCGAGUGAGCCCCAGAAAGGGAAGUGACUUGUCCCACGUCGUACAGCUGCAGGUGGUGGCUCUAGGAUGUGAACUGGUGAAGCGGAGGCUGGACCUGGAAACUGACCACCAGUACCUGGCUGAGAGCAGUGGGCCAGUCCGGGGCAGAGGCCGGCUCCUGGGGAAAGGUGUGAAAUCUCCAGGGGAGAAAUCACGCUAUGAGACAUCCCUGAAUCUAACCACCAAACGCUUUCUGGAGCUGCUGAGCCGCUCAGCUGAUGGCGUUGUUGACCUGAACUGGGCAGCUGAGGUGCUAAAGGUGCAGAAACGGCGCAUCUACGACAUCACCAAUGUCUUGGAGGGCAUCCAGCUCAUUGCCAAGAAGUCCAAGAACCACAUCCAGUGGCUGGGCAGCCACACCACAGUGGGGAUCAGCGGGCGGCUUGAAGGGCUGACCCAGGACCUCCAGCAGCUGCAGGAGAGUGAGCAGCAACUAGACCACCUAAUGCACAUCUGCAGCACACAGCUGCAGCUGCUCUCCGGGGACUCUGACAGCCAGCGCCUGGCCUAUGUGACCUGCCAGGACCUUCAUAGCAUCGCAGACCCUGCGGAGCAGAUGGUCAUGGUGAUCAAGGCCCCUCCGGAGACCCAGCUCCAAGCUGUGGAUUCUUCAGAGACCUUUCAGAUCUCCCUUAAGAGCAAACAAGGCCCCAUCGAUGUUUUCCUGUGCCCCGAGGAGAGUACAGGUGGAAUCAGCCCUGCAAAGACCCCGCCCCAGGAGGCAGCUUCUGGGGAAGAGGACAGGACAGGUGAUACUGUCACCCCAGUGCCACCACCAUCAUCUCCCCCCUCCUCCCCUGCCAUGGAUCCCAGCCAGUCCCUGCUCAGCCUGGAGCAAGAGCCACUGCUGUCACGGAUGAGUGGCCUACGGGCCCCUGUGGAUGAGGACCAUCUGUCCCCGUUGGUUGCUGCUGACUCGCUCCUGGAGCAUGUGCGGGAGGACUUUCCUGGGCUCCUUCCUGAGGAGUUCAUCAGCCUCUCUCCACCCCAUGAGGCUCUUGACUACCAUUUUGGCCUUGAGGAGGGCGAGGGCAUCAGAGACCUCUUUGAUUGUGACUUUGGGGACCUGACCCCCCUGGAUUUCUGACGGGCCACACGGGGGCAGCAUCUCCUGAGAUGCCUACCCUGCCUCUGCAGCCCUGGAGUCCUCUGCCCCAGGCCACCCUUCCACCCUCAUUGGAAGAGUGUAAUUAUAUUCUCUUUUCUUUCUCCAGUAGCUUCUAGCUCUGGGGUCUGGCUGCCACCCAGAGGUCAAAGAAGCCAGGGAGGGAGCCUGUGUUUGUGGUGUGUAUGUGCAUGCACCCGGCACCCCACACAUGUACACCUGGGGUGUGGUGUGAGCAUGUAUGUGCGCAUGUACCGGGGAAUGAAGGUGAACACAUCUGUGCGUGCACUGCAGACACGCCCCGGUGUGUCCACAUGUGUGCAUGAGUUCAUGUGUGUGCAUGGGGGGCUCUAACUGCACUUUCGGUCUCCUUGCUCCAGGGGCCCAAUGAAGCCCAGGCUGGAUUCCUGCCCCCAAAUCCUGUGCACUGAUCAGGCCAGGUGGGGAGGCCUUGGCUGGCUGGGUUUGCAGGACAUUGAGAGCACUUCUGUCUUAAAAGUUUUUUUCUGAUCGAAGCUUUAACAGAGCAUUAUUUAUUUAUCAAGGCCUUUUUGGCAAGCCUGCGGAGCAAAGGGCAGGGGUCCCUGAGCUGUUCUUUUGCCUGACCCCGAAGAAGCUAAUGCCUGACUGACUUAUUUAUUGGGAAUGGGGGAGGGAGACUGACAGCCAUGGGUGGAUGGAGGGCUGAUCCCUUUCCAGAGGGUCACCUCGGGGUCCCAGCUGCCCCCAGGAUGGACAUGAGAUGGGAGAGGUGAGUGGGGACCUUCACUGGCAGGGUGGGUGAAGGACUCCUCCAGCCAAGACUGAGGAGCCCUCCUGUGGUGUUUGAAGCUCCACACUAACUUACUGCUCUGCUCUGCCCUUCACUCCAAUCUGCACUUUGAUUUGUUUCCUAACAGCUCUGUUCCCUCCUGCUUUGGUUUUAAUAAAUAUUUUGAUGAUGUUUAGGCUGGGCCUUGGGACUUUACAUUACGCCAACUUAA